UCUUUUAUUUUUGUUUCGCCGUCAAGGCCAGCUGUUUCCGAGACAAGCAGCUGAUCAAAUUUAUGACAUAAGACAGAUUUCUGUGAGAAACUAGGGUUAGGAAACUACUUAUUUUUCAAGCCAAAUUUUUCAUUUAUUUCAGUCAAUAACAGAUCAUCAACAGCUUUUCAAAAUGAAUAGGAUAUUUGGUAGAGCAAAACCUAAAGAACCUCCUCCAGAUAUGAACGAUGUGAUAAAAGGGGUUGACAGUCGAGCUGAAACAAUUGAGAAGAAAAUACAGCGUUUAGAUGGGGAGCUAAAAAAAUACAAAGAUCAAAUGGCCACAAUGAGAGAAGGUCCUGCAAAGAAUAACAUUAAACAAAAAGCAAUGAGAGUCCUGAAACAACGUAAAAUGUAUGAGGAACAAGCACUGAAUCUGAGACAGCAGUCGUUCAACAUGGAACAAGCCAACUUUGCCACUCAGUCUUUGAAAGAUACCCAAGCAACUGUUGUGGCCAUGAAAGCUGGAGUCAAACAAAUGCAGCAGGAGUUCAAGAAGAUUAAUAUCAAUCAAAUCGAGGACAUCCAAGACGAGAUGGCCGACAUGCUAGAGAUGCACGAGGAGGUGCAGGAGGCGCUGGGCCGCACCUACGGCAUGCCCGACAUCGAUGACGACGAGCUAGCUGCCGAAUUGGACGCGUUGGGCGACGAGAUCGCUCUGGACGCCGACACCUCAUAUCUGGACGACGCUGUCAAGGCGCCCGAUGCGCCCAGUAGUAAGCCGGAGGCCAAACCCGACAAGAACAAGGACGGCAUACCUGUAGACGAGUUUGGCCUACCUCAAAUCCCAGCUUCAUAACACUGUGCUUCCAAAACUCUUCAAACUAUUCUAUCGUUAUAAGUUUAUUUACAACUUACAGGCUCUAUCACGCUUUUCUCGAAAUCACCCUUAUAUUAUAAGCCUCCAUAAUGCCUUGAAUCCUGUGUUUAUAAAUGCUUGAUUAUUCGUUGAAAAUUAUGUUCUAGGAAACUAUCAUGACCCAUAAACAUUCAAAUACUUGGCUUUUAAAACCAGUUUUAUACUGUAGUUAUUUGGAAUUCUUGUUUCCACAGUGGAUUUUCAAUAGAAACUGAUUCAGUUAAUUAAGUACAAUUUAUUUGAAAGGUCCAUCUCAUUCGAAGUUUUGUACCCACAGUGGAAUUUCCAUUCGUAGAGCUUUAAUAAAUCAAUUUGUAUCUAUGAUUUAAUUAAUUGAUAAUGAUUAAUUUGAAAGGGAACAAGUUUUUCAAAGGAUAUGCAGCACAGCUUAAAGCUUCGCUUCCAAAAUUCGGAUUUACGCUCAUCAGGAGUUACGUAGGUAUUCGAAAAUCGUAAAUAAUCCAUUAAUGAACAAAAUUCAAAUAAUUAAUUCCCAGGACAACAUAUGUUUUCUUGAAGUUAUAUAUUUUUUUGCAAUAGAGUUUCUGGUCCACCAUUCUACUCACUUUUUGUUAUCGUCAUAACAUGAUGAUUUAUAUUAUAAUAACCAGAUCAAUGUAAACGUUUAUAUACAAUAUAAGUAUAAUGUAUAAAUUUCUAUGUUACUUAGGUUUAUAUUGAAUCUUAAUUGUAAUAUUUUGAUUAUAUUUUUAUUAGAUAUUAAAGUAUGGUUUACUCACA